AUAAUCCAUCAUAUGGCGAUAACUCUCUCUGCGCUUUCCCGGCGAUCGGCAUAGCAAAAGAAGAUACCUACCGGCAGCGGGAUAUUAAAGAAAAUUUCUCUGAAGCAGGUUAAAAAGAAAAGGGAAAUCAUAUUUUUUUCAUCGGGAAUUCACCGAGAGAAAAAAAAGAGCUUUUUUUGAAUUUUUUCUUGGCGUUAAAGAUUGAACUCGCUCGGUGAUGCGAUCAAUGGUGUGUUCUGGUGAGAGAGACAUGGCGAUGGGACCCCGGAGAUCAAAACCUCUUCACAAUUUCGACCUUCCCUGUUUGAAGUGGGGAAAUCGGAGACAUCUCAGGUGUAUGAAACUCGACGAUGCUUCAAACGCCACCAACUCAUCCUUCGCUUUUGCUGAUCAAUACCAGCAUUGUCGUCGUCGUGUCUUUCAAAGGCGCCGAUCUCCCCCGUCGAAGCUUGAGACUUUGGUGGUUGGUGGAAUGCGGCGGCGCGAACCGGAGUCGUCGUCGUCUCCCAGCAGAAAGAACACCUAUUGUGCGAGAGAGCAGCCGUUGAUGAUACCGAAGGGAGAGGCGGCGGCGGGGAUCGAGGCAGUUAGGGAGAAGAUCAUGAAAGAUCUUAAAACGGCGGCGGAUGAGAUCAAAGGUGCAAUUUUUAGAGACGAAGGGUCGGACGACGCGGACGAAUUCGAAGAGCCUAAAAAUAAGCAGAAAGUAAAAGAGAAAGAGAGGGAAGAUUCGCCUGCGGUAGAGGUGGAGCCGAGACCGUGGAAUCUCAGGGCAAGGCGUGCCGCGUGUAAGGCUCCGAUUGACGGAGAAGUAACUAACAACAAUUACAGUUCUCCGAUGACGAAUGAGGUGUUUAAGUCACUCAGAGUAAGAGACAAGGGACCGUCGUUGGCAUCGGCUCCACCCGCCGCCGAUAAGAAAAGACCCCGACCGAAAUUCUCGGUAUCGCUAUCAAAGGAGGAGAUCGAAGAGGAUUUCAAGGCCAUGGUUGGCCACCGCCCUCCUAGAAGGCCAAAGAAACGCGCACGUAACGUUCAGAAGCAAUUGGACUACUUGUUUCCUGGGUUGUGGCUGACGGAGGUAACGGUGGAUUCUUACAAGGUCCCGGAGUUGGCUGAAAACGGCAAAGGUAGUAAAAAGGGGAGUUUCAACUUGCAACAAGGUCUAAAGAAAUCAUUCGGCAAUUUUGUGACCAGAAUUAUUCAGACUCGUAUACAGGGUUACCGAACCUUUGUAGAUUAGGAAUUUCACAGAACAAAGUUGAAUUUUUCUGAUGUUUCUGGUUAGGUUACGGCUGCUUUACAAUGCUAAUUUUUGUUUUAAUAUGAUCUUCAUUCAUUUUAUUUCUUUAUCUCGAGCCGAAUAAUCAUGUACAAAGUAAGGUGACAAUGGUAACAAUAGUUGAAUGAGAUGCAGCCCUUGUCUUUAAUUC